GGUAUAUGCAAUGUCAAACGAUUUUUACUACAAUAGAAAGAUCUAAUUAAACUGAGCAUGUUCCGAAAAUUUCAUCGAAAUCGGCCGAGUAAUAACGGAGAUAUUCCGAUAAAACCCGAAUUCUUACCUGAACGGUUUACUGAAACGCGCGCUUUUUUGUAUACACAGGCUGUGACGUCACAACGAGGACAGCCAUGUUUUGAAUAACGGUAAACAGUGAGAGAAAGCGCUGUGAUUUUAUCGUCUUUACGUGUAUUGUGGUGCUUUUUUGUGUAAAUAUGUGGACACUAAGGAUAUACGACAGUUUGUAGAUAUAGUACGUAGCUUUAGAUUAUUAGUUUAGACAGUGUUUAUGAACAUUUUGCCAUCAUGGAUGGAGUAAAUUCUGGCGGCAAAGGACGAAGGAUGUGUGUUGCUGGAGGUUGUAGCAGAAGAAAAUCCGAUGGUGUGAGCUUACAUCAGUUUCCAUUCGAUCGUCCUGCUAUUCUUCGACAGUGGACGGCCUUUGUGCACAACUCCCGGAAAAAUUGGAACGGUCCUACGAAAGCAUCUGUGCUUUGUUCUGCCCAUUUCACGGAGGAUUCUUACCCAGCCAAGUAUCGCCUAAUGGAGUCGGUUGGAGUUCCCGUCCAGCGGAAAGAGUUGGAAAGAGACGCUGUUCCAACUAUACAGACUAAACGUCCCCAUGGAGAUGAAACACCUGUAUUGGGAAAACGUAGGGCUGAAGACGACAUAUCCCCUGCAAUCCUGACCAGCACACCCAAGAAGCCAAGGAGAGCUUUUCUCAAGAGGGAAUCUCAGCGGAUUUUGCUGGACUUCGAGAUGCAGAAGGAGAGUGCUCUUGCAGAGUCUAAUGAGGAUCCUUUGCAGACUGAUGGAAGUGCAGAAAACUUUUUGUCUCAGAUUAUAGACCAGGUUGCAGAUACCCCAACUCCCCCCAAGAAGGAGACCAGAUCUGUCGGGUCUCAACUUUCUAUGCCAAAACCCCAGAGAAGAUCACUUUUCACUCAGACAAAGUGGAAGACUUGUGAUAAAGGGGUACAAGCUGUUGAAAAGGUGACAACGAGAGAAAUAGGAAUAAGUUGUAAUCUACUACCAGCCCCUCCUUUAGGAGCACAACCCAUAAAUGUUCCAACACUCGAUGAGUCGUUUGCCACUGAGGAAACUGACAGCAUCCAGGAUGAGGUAGAAGAUCCUGAUGAAUCCUUCCAGUCCAUCGAGUCUGAUGACACUGACGGAAGUGAUCUAGGGUAA